AUGAGCAAACAAGGUCAGAGGCUGCUUCUAUCCUUGACCUCAGCAACAGAUGACACAGAUGAGUUUCAUAUGUUUGGUCUUGAGGGCAUCGUGGCAGCUGUUGGAGGCAUCCUGUGUCUGGUCUUUGUUGUGCUUAUGUGCACUUGCAAAAAGGAAGAACGCAAGGAGGGAGGAGAAAUCAUAGAACUCCAUGAAACUUCAAAGAAGGGAGAGAAGAAAUCCACG